UAACUGCAGACACAGGAGAAGAGUUUAUCUUGUAAGACAGCACCGCUCCUGUCUUCCCAGUGCGGAGGGGGGCUGCUCUGUCUGUCUCUCUGUGGGCCGGGUCAUGAGACUCCAGGGGUGGGUCUCCUUAAGUAACGUCGUAGCUGGGUGUCUCUCCUCAGCAUCCCGGAGGCAGGCGGCACUCAGCAGCCUGAAACACGUGUGUCAGUUCGGUCAGUCCGCUGCGAACAUGGCAGAGGAGGCGAAGAAGCUGGCCGCUUACGCAGCUGUGGACAACCACGUCCAGAACAACCAGGUGGUUGGAGUGGGCAGUGGAUCCACCAUCGUCUAUGCUGUGGACAGAUUGGCUGAGAGAGUGCGUCAGGAGAAGCUCAACAUCGUGUGUGUGCCCACCUCCUUCCAGGCUCGUCAGCUGAUUCUGCAGCACGGCCUCACGCUGUCGGAUCUGGACAGGCACCCAGAGCUGGAUGUGGCGAUUGAUGGAGCAGACGAAGUGGACGCAGAUCUGACGCUGAUCAAAGGCGGAGGCGGCUGCCUGACUCAGGAGAAGAUCGUCGCCGGCUGCGCUAAACAUUUCAUCGUCAUUGCCGACUACAGGAAGGACUCCAAGGCUCUGGGCCAGCAGUGGAAGAAGGGCGUUCCUGUUGAGGUGAUCCCCAUGGCGUACGUCCCAGUCUCCAGGACCAUCGCCCAGCGCUUUGGGGGGGAGGCCAACUUACGCAUGGCUGUCAGUAAAGCAGGUCCUGUGGUCACUGACAACAGCAACUUCAUCCUGGACUGGAAGUUUGAAUCCGCUCAGAGCUGGAAGGAAGUCAACACCGCCAUCAAGAUGAUUCCAGGCGUGGUGGAGACGGGGCUUUUCGUCGGCAUGGCUGAGCGAGCCUACUUCGGUAUGGAAGAUGGAAGCGUGCAGAUUCGGGAUCCUCCGGUCAACUGAAGAGUUUGGCGUGAUCACAUCCUCUCACCUCCUCUCGAAAUGACCUCCGCCUCUCCCGCAAGUGCCGCGUUCGUGCUUCACAGCCGCUCGCAGACCGUGUUCGGACACAACUGGACAAAACUGUAGCAUCUCAAAACCAGACACAAGUGAGGAUCACUUGAUUUUUCUCAUCCUGCAGGUGGUGCUUCAGAUUCUGUGAGUUUUAAAGUGCCUGAUGAGAAAAGUCAUGUGCGUCUUCUAUCCAAACUGUUUUUUGUUUGUUUGUUUUUGUUUUCAGUCUGUAUUGGUGCUCGGUUUGGCUGCCUGGUCUAACUGGGAAUGUUGGCACUUCCUGUAAUUAGCAGGUGUGACUGAAUGUCUGCAGCACUGUUGUGGUGAAUCACUGCACUGCUGCAGAAUGAAUGUGCCUUGAGAUUAUAUUUCAAGUCCUAUUAAAAGGAGUGAUGCUAUUAAAGUUACAUUUAAAAAGCUCAUAACCAUACAUCAGACUAUCAUCAUCCGCUCGACUGCUGCAAAAAGUCCACUACUGCAAGCAGUCAGAAAGCUGAUGUGCCUUCAAGUGUUUUUGGUAAAUUAGAUCACACAAGUGGGCGUAACAUGAACUUUACACUACGACAUAAAGGAGUUUUCCAGCAAAUAAUUUUCUCUAAUUAAUAUGCUAAUUUAAACAGCAAAAUGCUCCGAAAAUUAAUGAGAUAGCUGAGAGUUUGGAGGAACCCUGCAGUGCAGGUAUGAAGCUGUGUUAAGACGUGUGUGUGUGUGUGUGUGUGUGUGUGUGUGUGUGUAGGUGGGGGGGUGGGGGGGGGCGUACAGCACAGAGGUGAGCUGAGAUGGUGUAAAAUCUUCUUGUAUUUUAAACAGACAUGUCAGGCAGCAGUCCUCACUGUGGAGAAUACAGUGAGGACUGCUGCUCUGUUCACAACACCUGAAGACAAGGUGAAAAUGCUGUGGGAGCUCGCACUUCCUGUUGCUCUCACAGCGAGACAGGCGGCUGUGGCUUCACCGUUUCCCUUUGCACCUCAGUAACUGAAGCUCACGGUUCGGGACAGUGUAGUGAGUCCUUGUUCAUCAUCUCAGCCAUUUACCAACAAGCCGACGUCCUCUUCAGCAGUGGAUUUGACCUUUUCUUUACUCCUGUGGAACUGUUCUGGACCACUGUUGCACGUGGUCUGCUUUCCUGCUCUGAGAGAGGACAGUGGAAAGGUCGUGAGGGUUAAAGUCCUCGGCCUCUCGCUGUUUGACAGAGCAAAGAAAAAAACGCAGACCUCUGAAUGUGUGUACUUUAAUGCAUGGACCUCCUUCCUCUGUGUUGCUUCUCUUUUGUGCCUGUAAGUUUCUUGCACGACUUAUUGAUUACACAAGCUGUCUGCUCACAGGAAGUCUUGUGCCAUAAACUUCAUUUAAACAUGGCUGUAGAAAGACGUGUAGAACAUUCUGCGGUAAUGGGUGGUUAUGGUCACAGUUAAUGGCGAACUGAUGUAGCUCUGAUCUGCACCAGCAGCAAUACAAGUACAGUUUAUGUGCCUUGGCGUGCCAGAGCAAUACAGGAACCUUUUUAUUCUAUUCAGGCGUAUCAGAAUUAAUAACGUAGCUGGUCAGGUGAUGCUUUAAUGUCCACAUCAACCAUAGUUUGUCAUUUGUCAUUUUUCCCCCCUCAUACAGUAGUUGGUAUCUUUCAGUUUGGAAAGCAGCUUUUCACUCUGUUUAUGGCUCACAAGGCCUUACACUUUAUUUUUGAAUGUUUAUGUUUGUGUAUGUAUGGCUCAGAGAGAUUCAGGAAACAUAUUCAAAUCAAACAAAUCCGGUUGGCUGACAUGUUUGUCUACAAGCCACUUGUAUUGGGUACAACAGUCAGGUUUGAUUCUAGUCCAGUUCUGCUGUUAUGAGUGAGAUGGAAAGUGCCGUGUAGACAAAGUGAAAGUCAACUGAAAUGAAAAUAUGUGGUUCGGUUUGGGUCCAGUGGAGGUUCUACACCAUGUUGGUUAUUUCUUUGUGCCAGCAUUUAUUGUGUUUCUUUACCAGUUGACUGUGAUGACCAUUUUUCUGUGAAGGUACUAUUUUCUUUGUCAACCAAUACAGGACCAAAAUGACAA